AUGUCUUUAAUUUGCGUACUAGUAAUUUGCGUUUUAUAUUUAACUUAUCUCGAAGAAAAGAAACAGCUGGAAGCCAAGAGUGCGUUUGAGAAUGACCGAGCAGAGACUGGACAACGUUUCCAAUACCUCGUGAUCAUUGACUUUGAAUCAACGUGUUGGRAGGAUAAACGAAUGAGUUAUUCACCAGAAAUCAUUGAGUUUCCAGCUGUUCUACUGAACACAUCCACUGGGGUCAUUGAAUCAGAGUUUCAGCAUUAUGUUCAACCAAGUGAACACAAGAAACUCAGUGAAUUUUGUACAGAAUUAACUGGAAUAACACAGACACAAGUAGAUGGUGGUAUACCAAUUGGUACAUGUCUAAUGCUCUUUUCUCGGUGGUUAAAAGAAAUAAGUGAAAAUAAAAGAAUCCAGUUUCUCUGUGAUGUCUUAAAGCCUUCUGAAUCUAGCCAAAAUUGCAAUGAUGUGAAAUGGUGUACUUUUGUCACUUGGUCAGAUUGGGAUAUUGGAAUAUGUUUGAAGAAAGAGUGUGAAAGAAAGAGGCAUCGUGUCCCACCACCACUGAGAGCCUGGAUUGAUCUUAGAGAAACAUAUAAGACUUUUUAUAGCCGURAACCMAAUGGACUUGCUGGGGCAAUGAAAGACUUAGGAAUUCARUUUGCAGGCAGACAACAUUGUGGAUUGGACGAUGCCCGCAACACAGCAAAAUUAUCCUGGCGAAUGAUCAAAGAUGGGUGUGUCAUGAAUGUAACCAGUUCCAUUGAUGUGAGUGUUCCUAUUCUACAUCAAAUCAUCAAAAAUGAUUUCAAAAGGAGUGAACAUUCCAAGACAAAAUUUACUGGUAAUGGUACACCUGUCAAGAAUGAUCAGUUUACUCCAAGAAUUGUCAAAGGUAAACCASRAUGUGAUGAAGAUGACAAGAYAAACACAAACACAAACAGAUCAUCAACUUCUACUCGUCAACUGGUGUCACCAAUGGUAUCUGUCAGUGAUUCUAGUCCAGGUAAUYGCCAGGGAGACAUYACACCAUUAAUAGCACCAGUGACUGCACUUGCAAAACACUCCAACUUGACUGACAAGACAUUGUCAGGUUUUURCCAGUCAAUUAGCAAGAACUGCCAUAAAGUAAGUAUGCAGCAACCUAGUGUGACACCAUAUUCUGUCAAGUGCUCUCUUCAAUCUGGYAAUGGUAACACAUUAUCAACAAGUACACUAGUCAACCAUAGUAUAGCAAGGCAAUCUCUUUGCCUACCAACACCAACAUCAAGUUCUUCUCCUUUUAAUGGUGAAGUAUCCAGCUUCAAUGUYUCUACUCUCAAAMGACCAUCAAAAAGUUCCAAUCUAGCAGUAGAAGUAGGGAAGACACCACGACUUGUAGAYUGUACACAUGUCAUGUCACGCUAUCCUGUCAAUGUUGUCACAAACUUUCAAGGUUGUGGUCUGGACAGUACCAAGAAAUCUGGCAAUCAUUGUGAUAAAAACACCCCUAAAUCAGCAAAUUCUGUCAACAAAAUGUCAUCAUUUAAGACUCCCAAGGUGACCACGCCRUUCUCCGGUAAAUUUUCUGUCACGCCCCUCAGUAAUGGUACACCUUUGUUGCGUUACAAUGCCGGGAGUGUAACGCCACCACUGUGCGACUGUGGUCGUCGGUCACGUCGUCUUAUUGUGAGCAAAGUAGGUCCCAAUCAAGGCAGGGUGUUUUAUACAUGCCCAGUUAAGAAAAGUCGUUCAAGUUUUGGAAAAUCACCUGUAAAUGUACCCAAAACUAAACUUGGUUGCAAGUUUUUUUGCUGGGAGCCGAGAUGAUUUGGAAGGAAUGUGMGCGUUUUCUGUCAGCRURCGAAUAUAACUCGCCAUAAAGGACAAAGGAUUUUCCAAUAGUCACGUUCUUGGAUGUCGUGACAUAUCUCGUUCUAAAGUCAAAAAUGAUGUGACAGGUGUAAGGAGAAGCAGUUAUGCGUGUUAUUUAGAUUAUUCAAGCUAGUACUGUAGUCGUGCAUAACAGAGAAAUCUCCAAAAACGCGUCUAUUAACAAUAAAAAUAUAGCKAUCCUUAUGAUUUUACACGGAGCCCAAAUGUGAGCGAUUUUCCGGCAUUUSGUGACAUCUCGUGCUAAAGUCA